CGGGCCGGGGGCACCGGAGGGUACCGGGCGGUACCGGCCCGUACCGGCCCGUACCGGGGGGUACCGCGGGUCCCGGCGCCCUCGCAGUCCGUUGUGCCCCCAGGAUGGCGGCGUGGGCGCUGCUGGCGCUGCUGGCUCUGGCUCCGGCGGCCGCAGGGGGAAUGCUCAGCUUUGCCUCCUACUAUGGUGACCACAUGGUGCUGCAGCAGAAGCCAUCAGGGGCUGUGGUGUGGGGCCACGGGGAGCUCGGGGCUGUGGUGACCCUGACUCUCUCAGGUGCCAGUGGCCUCGUCAUCAUGGAGAAAACUGCGCAGGUUAAAGGACCUUCUGGGACUUGGACAACUGUCCUGGAGCCAAUGGACCGGGGCGGUCCCUAUGCACUGACAGCCGAGCAGGGCUUGGAGAACGUGACACUGCGGGACAUCUACUUUGGAGACGUGUGGCUUUGCAGUGGGCAGAGCAACAUGGCAAUGACAGUCCUGCAGGUGGCCAAUGCCAGCCAGGAGCUCGCCGCCGCCGCUCGCUAUCCCCACGUCCGUGUCUUUGCUGCGGCGCCUGCCCGCUCCAGCGUGGAGCUGGAGGACCUGGAGCAGAUUGAUUUGCCAUGGUCCAUUCCAACAGCUGAAAACCUGGGCCACGGGAAUUUCACCUACUUCUCGGCCGUGUGCUGGCUGUUGGGGCGCUCCCUGUAUGAGGCUCUGGGGACCCCCAUCGGGCUGGUGGAGGUGGCCUGGGGAGGGACCCCCAUCGAGGCCUGGUCCUCCCGCCGGGUUCUGAAGGCGUGUGGGCUCCCAGAGGACACGGGGAGCACCUCCCCAUAUCAGCAUCUCUCUGGCCCACAAACACCCUCGGUGCUCUGGAAUGCCAUGAUCCACCCACUGCUCAACAUGACCCUGCGGGGUGUCGCUUGGUACCAGGGUGAGGCCAAUACCCUCCUGAACACAGACCAGUACAACUGCACCUUCCCUGCACUCAUUGCUGACUGGCGCUGGGCGUUCCACACCGGAUCAGCCGGACAGACAGAGCCACAUCUCCCCUUUGGCUUUGUGCAGCUGUCCACCUACCGCCAUGAGAGUGCAGAUGACAGCUUUGCCCGGCUCCGCUGGCACCAAACAGCCGACCUGGGGGUUGUUCCCAAUGCCAGGAUGCCCAGCACCUUCAUGGCUGUAGCCAUGGAUCUGGGUGAUGAGCACUCUCCCUAUGGCAGUAUCCACCCCCGGGACAAGCAGAAUGUCGCUCACCGACUGCUGCUGGGUGCCAUGGCUGUGGCCUAUGGGGACAAGGACCUCGUGUUCCAGGGACCAUUUCCCACCCGGGCUGUCCUGGAGGUGACCAGGGGGCUGCUGAAUGUCACCUACAGCCAGGAGCUCAUGUGGCGGCAGAGGGAUGCACAGGCAUUUGAGGUGAGGAGUGGGGUAUCCUCUCCAAAGAGCUGCAGAAGGGAAGGCAGCACUGAUGGGAGUUUCUCCCCUCCCCAGGUGUGCUGCUCCAGCCAGACCUCCCCGUGCCAGUGGCUGGUGGCACCCGUGGUGGCAGUAGGGUCCCACACGGUGACGCUGGCCCUGAGUGGCUGCAGGACACUGGUGCUGGGCCUGCGCUAUGCCUGGGCUGAGUGGCCCUGUGAGUACCUGGCCUGCCCCCUCUACAACUCCCAGGGGCUGCCUGCACCCCCCUUCCUGCUGGACACCCUCCCUGCAGGGAACACUGCCGAAGGGAGGGAGCUGCUGCUCCUCCCCAGCUCUGGGUUGCCCCUAAAUUAGGGAGAUGAGUGAGCUCAGACCUCUGGCAAAGCACUCAUGGCUCCUGGCACUGUCCCUUCCCAAGCCAGGGAAUCAGAGACUUCAUUACUACCUUGUUAAUUAAACAAGUUUUCAGCUCCUCUGUGGACUCAAGCCAAGGCUACAGGGUGGGGGGAAGGGGGAAAAGCCAAUUUACAAUUAAAUAUAUGAAAAAUUAUGUAAGGAGAAGCAGCAGGACACACCAAUGGGAGCUGAACCCCUCACUGCUGCUCCCUUGCCCAUGGAGCUGGUCCUGCCCCCCAGACACCCCAUUUCUCUGGGCAUGGACUGCUGAUCCCCAGGGUAGGGUGCUCACAGGAUCCAGGGAUCAGCUUCCAGCUGCAGGGUGGAGAAGGGAAGAGAGGAGCUCUGCCAAAAAACCACAGCCAAAUACUAAGGCUGGGCUGGGACAGGGAGCUGUGGAGGACUGUGAGUGCCUUCCACCUCCCUCUCUUAAUAAAAAGUUAAUAAACCAACUCA